AUUCACGACCCACGACAGACGACGAGUUGAGACAGUUCCCACGACCGCCAUCAUGCCUUCCGAAGUCUCCGAUAUCAAGCAAUUCAUUGAGAUUUGCAGGCGCAAGGAUGCUAAAUCGGCCCGCAUAAAGAAGAACCAGAAGACCAACAACAUCAAGUUCAAAGUCCGAUGCCACCGCUUCAUCUACACGCUCGUGCUCAAGGAUACCGAUAAGGCUGAGAAGCUGAAGCAGAGUCUACCGCCAGGGCUUACGAUCACGGAUGUCGGUGGGAAGAAUCCUAAGGGCAAGCGGUCGUCAUAAACGAAGCGGAGAGGGUGAUGUGGAAGGCUACACACGAGGUAUAGCAGAAUGGAGGGAUGAUGCAUGAUGGAAAGAAGGGUGGAUGGGCGUCUCGUCGGGUUGUUUCUCUCAAUCAGUCAGUCCGCCAGUCAGUAAAUGACUGGCAUAAUGGCAUCUCCCUGUUUGAGGGAGAGCCAUGGAAUGGAAAAUCUGCACUUCACGUGGUUUAGAGAGAGUUGUACUCAGGGAUGAUAUUAUUAACUGAUGACAUUAAUGAUCUCUAGGUGUUUCGGUGCAACAACAUUCUUAUGGCUAGCAAGUACUCCUUCAGCCAACAUCUAAAUGUACCUUUGGAUCCAAUAGUACCGCCCUAACGUCCGCCUUCUUGAGGUCUGAGAAACGCGACAAGGAAACAGCAUCAUCAUU